UUUCCCACCUGCAUCAUCUUCCCCGAUGGAGUCAACGACCACUACUACGUCCUCAUACCAGCAACAUCAACCGGCAUCAUACGGCAGGUGUACCAACCACCAGUAACAAUCCAUCCAGCAUGUCAUCCAUGUUCAACAAGGAAGACAAGGAGCAGCAGCAGCAUGAUGAGCGGCAAGGAGAUUUCUUAAUGGAGCGUGAGCGGAUGAUGAAUUCAUCUCAGCAACAACAGCAGCAGAUGGAAUCAAUGCUGCCCUACCGAAGACAUUCACUCGCCCACGAGCCCCUUAUCCAGCAGCGCAAGUCAUCCUUUUUCCCAACGUUACCCGUACCAGCUGAAAAAAGAGCUUCGUUCUCGGCAGCUUCUCCAUCGUCGUUUAUGGCUGGAGGUCAGCAGCAGGCAGCAGCACCGUGGAUGAUGACAAAGUCAAAUAAUAAUGCCGCUGCAGCGGCAGCAGCAGCAGCACAAGCAACCUCUCCAUCUCAACAAGCCACUACGGAUCGAUUUGGUAUGAACAUAUGGAGUAGCAAUACGAAACUAAAGUCAAUGCCUAAUGCCCACCAGCAACAACAGCAACAACAACAACAACAACAAUCUCGUUUAUGGGAAUACAGUCUAGCCGGGAACAAAGUAAACUCCUCCUCGUCAACCAACAAUUACUCCCCUUCUCCCACUGCCUCCUCGUCAACCUCCUCCCAAUCCCUAUUUCCGUCAUCAUACACCCAGCACUUGCCUCGCUUUGCACUUGGCGACCGCGAUCAGCAGCAGCAACAGCAACAGCAACAGCCACUACCUCUACGAGCUGGUCGACGACUUUCAUUGUCGCCUUUACCCACCACCAAUGAAGAUACAGUUCAGGAGCACUUUAAUCCUCGCGAUAUGUUAUCCAGCGUGCCUGAAGAGCCUGGUUUUAUGCCAUACCGUCGUCACUCACUUGCUGGUCCAUUACUGGGCGUCGCAACACCACGCAGCACCAUGUCAUCAGCAAGUUACCUUGAUGAACAACGGCAGCAACAACGUGAAUUAGACAAGUACUUACCUAGUAAUCUGUUAUCGUCCGAUCUACUACUCGAAUCUGCUAUAGAACAACAACAUCAGCAACAUAAUCUACCAGCAGCAGCCAUGGCAUGGUCAAUGGUCGAGUUUAAGGCUGGUCGCUCUGAGAUCUACUACAGCACAAUCCCUGUUGAAAAAGACGAUUGGGUUAUUGUUGAGGCGGACCGUGGCCGUGAUUUGGGUAAAGUUGUGGCCAAAGAUUUACCAGCUGACCAGGUUGCACUGCUACUACAAUCAACGCACCACAACCAUCACCAAUCCGCCAUGUGGGAAGAACCAACAGCAGGAGCAGGAGCUGUACCAACCGCAUCCCGAUCCUCGGGCACUACUUCAGCAGGAACAGGGAACUCUUCUUCCUCAACGCCACCUGCUACACCCACAACCACACCGUCACCCAAACGUAUCUGUCGCUUAGCAACCACGGCCGAGAUCACCUUGUUGGUAACUAAGCGACAGGACGAGCAAAAGGCAUUACUCAUUUGCCAGACCAAGAGCAAGCAAAAGAAACUCAUGAUGGAUAUCGUGGAUGCAGAGUACCAAUGGGAUCGUCGUAAGUUGACAUUUUACUUUGUGGCCGAGCGCCGCGUCGAUUUCCGAGAGUUGGUCCGUGACCUAUUCAAGAUUUACAAGACACGCAUAUGGAUGUGCUCUGUCAACACCGUGGCCAAAAAGCCUCUCAUGUAGAGUAUUCUUUACGACAACAGAACAAAAAAAAAUAGUCCAAAAAAAGACACACACACACACACACACACACAUUACUAUUAGCAUCAUAGAAGGGGCCCCCUUACUCUUACGCUACUUAUCCAUCUCAUCUUCCUUCUCCUUUUUUAAUUUCUCCACCCAAUUGCCCUCCAGCCCUACAACUGCAACUUUUUUUUCUUUUUGUUCACCAUUUUUAUUUAGCUUCCACUCUUUCUCUUUCUGCUCGCAAUAGUACUACUACCUCAAUGGCUCUAAAUAGCAAGUAGCUCUACACCGCUACUAAAACAUCAUUUCCAAGAGUAUAUAAACUGAAAAAGUAUUUGGCAAAACUUACAUAAUUUUAAAAGUUACAUUUACUGCA